AACAUUAUUUUGGUCAUAAUGAUGAUGAUGAUUUAUCCGAUGAUCUAAAUCUUCAUAUUUAUCAUAUAUUUAAUAUAUUAUUAAUAUUUUUUUAUUCAUUAUUGGCUAUAAUUUCAUUAAUUGGUAAUGGACUUGUUUGUCGUGUACUAUUAAAACCUAAACAAUCAUCAUAUACAUUACCGAUUACAUCAUCAAAUGGUACGGGUACAUCAAAAUUAUUGAUAAUUAAUCUAGCAAUUUCCGAUCUAUUACUUACAACAUUCAAUAUACCAAUGAAUAUUGUACGUUUUGUUAGCCGUGAUUGGCCAUUUGGUUCAUUAAUCUGUACAAUGAUGCCUUUUAUACAAUCAGUUUCGGCUUAUUGUUCAGCAUGGACAAUGAUGAUUAUUGCAUUUGAACGUUAUCGAAAGUAAGUGUUUGUAUAAAAAAAAAUUGAUUUAUUCAAAAAAAAC